GCUGGAAGGAGGAGAAGCAAGAGGGUCAGGAUGGUCUGUCAGCAGAGCGUCUGAUGAGGGGCUGCUCAAGGAAGAAGGAUCUGAGAGUCCUUUCCCAUCCCUCAUAUCUCCAUGUUCUGCUCCCGCUUUCCCCGAGAUCCCAGAUAAAGGACAUGCUUUCUGGGAAGGAAUCAGUCUGUUGAGCUCCCACGUGUUGGAAAAGCCUGUGUGAACCGGCUUGGGUGGGCAGAGAGGCAAGAAAGCUUUGGAUGUGCUGUAGGGUCUGGCCAACAUCCCUCGUGGCAAUACAGAGGGGUCUGAGCUGUGGCUGCUCCUGAGUUGGAAUCCCAGGGCCGGUUGCAGUGUUGGUCUCUAAACCAGUGACCUGUGGGUUGAGGCUGCCCAUGUCCCAUUUCUCGCUUCUGCUCUGCUCUCCUCUCCACCAGCCCUCUCCAUGCAAAUCCCUUGCUGCCUUUGGCAGAGGAUCCUCUUCUGUACAAACAUGCUCCAGGCUGUGCUGAGAUUGCUCCAGGUUUCGGCUCUCCGUGCUGACAUGGUGACCGAGCGGUGGCUUUUGACAACAGGCAGAAAGGACCAGCAGCUCCACAGAGGCUAGUAGGAACAGCCUGGUGGGGUCCAUCUCGGAUAGACUCGGAUGAUGCCAGAGCUAUGACAGGGAUUGCAGUCUUGGCACUGAGGGGUGAUCAAUUAUGGAACAACUACAGGAGGAAGUACCUGAGGUCAAGGAAGAGGAAGAGGAAGAGGCAGUGAUGGUGGCAAGCAGAGCCUUGGACCCAACUGGAGGACCAGACAGCUCACUGCCUUCAAGCAGCUACACAGACAUGUCGCAGAGCUCCUCUCCCUCGCUGUCGGACCAGCUGCAGAUGGGCUGUGAGGAGGCAGCCCUGGGAGCACUGAACGUGGAGUGCAGAGUCUGCGGAGACAAAGCCUCGGGGUUCCACUACGGCGUGCACGCCUGCGAGGGCUGCAAGGGUUUCUUCCGCCGGACAAUCCGCAUGAAGCUGGAGUAUGAGAAGUGUGAGAGGAGCUGCAAGAUUCAGAAGAAGAAUCGAAACAAGUGCCAGUACUGCCGCUUCCAGAAAUGCCUCUCCCUGGGCAUGUCACACAAUGCAAUCCGCUUUGGGCGCAUGCCAGAGGCAGAGAAGAGAAAGCUGGUGGCAGGGCUGACGGCAAACGAGAUCGGCUGCCAGAACCCGCAGGUGGCCGACCUGAAAGCUUUCUCCAAGCAUAUCUACAAUGCCUACCUGAAGAAUUUCAACAUGACCAAAAAGAAGGCAAGAGGUAUCCUGACCGGGAAGGCCAGCAGCACCCCACAGCCUUUUGUGAUCCAUGACAUGGACACCUUGUGGCAGGCAGAGAAGGGGCUGGUGUGGAAGCAGCUGGUGAAUGGCAUCCCCCCCUACAAGGAGAUCGGGGUGCACGUCUUCUAUCGCUGCCAGUGCACCACGGUGGAGACUGUGCGGGAGCUCACAGAGUUUGCCAAGAGCAUCCCCAGCUUCAUAGGCCUCUACUUGAACGACCAAGUGACUCUGCUCAAGUACGGGGUGCACGAGGCCAUCUUCGCCAUGCUGGCCUCCAUCAUGAACAAGGAUGGGCUGCUGGUGGCCAACGGGAACGGCUUCGUGACCCGUGAGUUCCUGCGUAGCCUGCGCAAGCCCUUCAAUGAGAUUAUGGAGCCCAAAUUUGAGUUUGCGGUGAAGUUCAAUGCGCUGGAGCUGGAUGACAGUGACCUGUCCCUGUUUGUGGCAGCCAUCAUCCUGUGCGGAGACCGUCCUGGCCUGAUGAAUGUGAAGCAGGUGGAGGAGAUCCAAGACAACAUCCUGCGAGUGCUGGAGUUUCACCUACAGGCCAACCACCCAGAUGCUCAGUACCUUUUCCCCAAGCUGCUGCAGAAGAUGGCAGAUCUGCGGCAGCUGGUGACGGAGCAUGCCCAGCUGGUGCAGAAGAUCAAGAAGACAGAGACAGAGACAUCUCUGCACCCGCUUCUGCAGGAGAUCUACAAGGACAUGUACUGAGGACCUGUUAUUUAUGAGAAUGAAGCCAUGGAUUCCCAUCAAGACUCUUCGUACAGAAACAAAGAAAACCCUUCCCUGUGUCUUCCAUUUCUUCUAUUGGAAACUCUUUUCUACGUGACCCUGACAUACGGUACGUAGGGCAAGAUGCUGUCACAAUUUGCAGCUGCCUCCUGCUCGGCCAGGGCUUCCGUUAACACACACUAACAAAUCUCCGCAGCUGCUGUUUCCAUUACUGCGGCCCAGCUCCAGCUGUUCCCCGGGCCUCUGGAGCGGCCACCCGGUUUACAUGGCACAGGCAGUGUGGUUCUUACAGCACCCCAGGUCUCCAAGGUGGGAGGAGCUCUGGUCCUUAGGAGACCCGAGCGAGGUGCAGGGGUCCGGUGGGACCAGCAGCAGCACUUACAGCAUGUCUGUAUUUUCUUGUUCGUUUGCACUCCGAAGACACAGUCCUGAGCCGUGAAGUCUGGGACAGUUGUGAUGUGAAAGGAUGUUUCUCUCUUUCCCAAAGAAAAGCCAGAGUAUUUGAACACGGGUAGGGCUGUCCUAGCAGGGACCCUCAGCAGCAGCCCCCUGUUCUGUGCAGUGUGUUCCUGUCUCCCAGAGGGACCGUGUGAGCUCUGCCUUCCUGAGUGCUGUGUGGGAGCCUUUGCUCCUGGCACCCUCAUUCCAGAGGAAAUGUGUUCCUUAGCACCUCAGUAUGAGAGGAGGGAUGGGGAGGUGGGAGGGCAAGGAUUUGACUCGUUAAAAUUCACCUUCACAGCAGAGGCUGGAACUUGUGGCUUCCACAGGCUGUUCUGCAUAGAUACAAGUUACUAAAAAGGUCUGUGCAGGGUCAGGGGCUUUGGGCUGGUCAGGGUUUGGUGUCCUGCCUCAGUUUCCCUUGUGAAAGGGACCUGGAUUGUCACUGGCUCUCUGCUCCAAGGAGGAGCAAAAGGAUCCUUUAGUGCAUUGGUUGCAAAGAGCUUUACAGCUGUAAACCCCAGUAUAAAUGCCAGGGAUUUAUAAACUGGGAUGGAGUGAGUGGGAUGCU